AUGAAUCCGCCCCGAUUUCGAAUCCUGGCAAAUUCACAGUGUCGACGUGGAGGCUCUGUAAAAAUACAUAUCAAUGGGAAAACCUUGGCGGUUGAUAGGGUUGAGCCAACGGAAGGUGGAUGCCCUUGGGCAUGGGCGCCGCAAUGUCGAUGGGCCACUUUUCAUCUGGUUUCUGACGCAUACGAGGGCCCUUUGACAGCAGAGGUCUCCAUUUCUUCCAACGGUCGUAAUGUAACGGUUCCGGUAAUUCCGGUACCAAAGGUUUACAAGCCAGGAUACACGAUUUGUGUCCCACCAUUAUACUGGUAUACAGACUGGGUCCGAUUGUUAAUCUUUUUCGAAGUAUCCCGUUUUAUCGGCGCCACAAAAUUUCUCAUGUGGAGCCAUUCGGUUUCGACAGAUGUGCGACGGGUUCUCGAUCAUUAUGCUGAUACUGGCAUUCUCACACUGAUCCCAUGGACGUUAAUGCCGCGCUCUUCACGAACCGAUCCGAAUCUCUCGGUCUACCGUAUCUCUCAUAGUAUGGCACACCUCGAAUGCACUUUACUCGCCGAUACUACUGUAGCCUCACUAAAUGAUGUUGAUGAAUUUAUUAUUAAUAGGGCUAAUGGAAAUUCGUCGGACGCUACGUUUCGAUAUUUCAAUUCUAUAUUUGACAAAAAUACCCGAGUAAAAGCUGUAAAUUUGAGACAUCACGAACUAGCGUUUUCAAAUCCACUAGAGAUACGGUCAAAUACCUAUUCCCUCAAGGGACUAGACGACAUGGCUAUCUAUGAACAUCGUGGGCCUGGAAAAAAUAUAUUCCACCCAAAAUACGUCGAACUCCUGACGACACAUCAACUCCGAAAAUUCUUCUCACCUUCCUUCAAAACAAAAUUUGUGGAUGAACGAUCAGCCCUACUCCUCCAUUCUCGAUACAAUUUCGGCAAAAAGAAAGGGAAGAAGCUGGCGUUUGAGAACCCAGUCUUCACACAAACUGCAAAAUUGAAAGAACGGAUCGAAGCCAAAAUCGAGGCCAUUUUUGGAGCUGAAGUCCCGAAAUAUUCGAGUGAGGCGAGCCAAGUAAUGGGGAGAUGUUUGCAGAAUUGGCGACGCAGCAAGUACAAAUGCAAAAUCCCGAUCCACGGAUGCUGGUCCGAAAUGACGGCUCUCGGAUAUGAAUGGGAUUUUGCGAAGUCCACCAAUGACACGACACAAGACGAUCCGCCGGCACGCUUCAAGUUCAAUCCUGAGCGCCAGUUUUACUUGCUCAAGCUUAUUUUUGGACUGUUAUGCAUCGUGGACAUUACGCAUUGGGGAUACUUGCUCAGAGAUGACAACGAGAACGACCCAAAUACUUGGAAAUUCUACAUUCGCGUCGACCAUGCAGAAAUUUAUUAUUUGAUCGCACGGAUAUUUGGCGACAUUUUCGUCUGCGUUCUCGGCCUCGGCGCAGCGAUGUGGACACGAAAAACCGUGCUUACGGCGCCAUGCAUCGUUGUCCAGCUCAUUUUUGUAGUCUACAGGUCAAUUGUUUGGCCGAUUCGACACUUCAAAGGCGUUCUGCACGACAAGCUCAAAACGCACCCAGCUCGAACGGAGGAUAUUGCAUUCAUCAUGUGCGAAUUUAUGCUGCCUAUGGCUUGGGGACUGUUGUCGGUGUUAAUCGUCAGAACAAUGCGGGUGCUCAGACAAUAUGAACAGUUGAAUGGCUAUGCUCAUCCUCCAGUCAUUGUCCUCACCGUGAAGAAUGAAGAAAACGACGAGAGCGUCCAAAUUGAACUAGCU